AUGGCUAACAGGGAAGAAGAGGAAAGCGACAAACCUGAUGAGGAAAGCGACAAACCUGAUAAGAAAAGCGCCAAACCUGAUGAUGAAAACGGAAAAAAGAAAAGUAUGGGAAGAAGAAGAAAUUGCAGUGAGGAGUUUUCAGCCCAACCGAAUGACAGCCAAGAAAAAGAUUGCUACGAGGAGAUGGGCACUCACGAAGGUUAUAGUAAUCACAGUGCAAACAGUGACAUGCCAACGGACCGGGGCUUCGAUACGUCCGUUAUCGAGCAUUGGGGUGGAAAAAAAGGAAGCAUUAUUCAUGAAGAGGAGGAUGAGGAGGAAUGCGACGGCGCGGACAGAGAGGGAAAUCGCAAAGCGAACAGCCAUAUCCUCUGCGUGGAAGUUAAAGCCCAUCCAAAGGAUGAAAGCGCGUCUUCACCCCUGAGGGGCAGCAAUGACUGGGGGCCGUUCCAUCCGGGGGAAGGCUGCUCAGGGGAAGAAGCGGGCGUGGCAAGCGGAGCGGGCCAAAUGGGUCAAAUGGGUCAAAUGGGCCACACAGGCCAAGCAACCCAAGCUGCCCAAGCUACCCCAAAUCGGAGCAACCGCCAAACCGGCGAAGGGGACGAAAAAUUAAACGCAAAUUUCACGUGCACGAGGGAGCACGUGGACCUGGGGAACGACCAGCACAGUAGAGAAAGUGGUCACAUGUAUAACCGAGCGAAAGAGGAGGAGGGGUAUUGCAAAAUUGGUACCGAUCCAACAGUCAGCACGAUCCGAAUGGCGGUCAUAUGCGGAAACGAUUCAAAUAAUGUUUCUGUUAAAGUUGCAAGCGACUUUCGCGCAUGCAAGAAGGGAACUGAAAAAAGGAAAGAGGAAAUAUCCGGAGGAGUAGAGGAGGAAGAUGAAAUUAUGCUCGAAGGGGGAAACGAUAUGGAGGGUGCUGGGGGAAAUGAGAGGAGAGGCGAGGCCAGAAAGGAGGUCAUAAGCGGGGCUAGAAGCGAGGCUAGAAGCGAGGCUAGAAGCGAGGCCAGAAACGAGGUUAUAAGCGAGGCCAGAAGCGAGGCCAGAAGCGGAACCCUGGGGGAACUCCCAAGCACUAACCAAAGCGUUGGCGAAAUCACCGAUUUGGGCCAUGCGAGAAGCAAAACGGCAAACUACAAAAUUGGGCAAAAUGUUUUGUUAAAAGGCGCAGUCACUCCUAAAAUGGAUAGUGAUGACAGUAGGGGUAGUAGUGAAAAGGGUGGAAAUGGAGAAAAGGGUGGAAAUGGUGAAAAGGGUGGAAAUGGUGAAAAGGGGGACAGUGAUCUCCUCCCUGGUGACUUAGAAGAACUCGCCACCAUUUUUGAUGAGCAGAAUUGUGCAAAUAGCACCCUGAUGGGUAGCGACGAAGAGUGUAUAAGCGCUCGGGUCAGUGGAAAAUCGGAUUCAAAGUCGGAUGCAAAGUCGGGUGCAAAGUCGGGUGCAAAGUCGGGUGCAAGGUCGCAUGCAAGGGCGCAUGCAAAGGCUCAUGCAAAAUCGCAUGCACAACCGGAUGAGGCAUCUGAUACUGCGCCAGAUGCGGCAUCGAUUGUACUUCUCGAUGCACACCCCGACGAGCAAUCGAAUCUUCAGCGCAAUCAAAACCGAAGGAGAAAAGGAACAAAUUUUAGCGAAAAAGUAAAAAAAAAAAUCCAUUUUUUAAACAUCAGGAGGGGGAAUAAUAACAGAAAAGGGAGAAGAACAAACUUAUCCGUUGAGCAUCACCCUUACCAGUCGUGUUAUUACCCCAAGGGGAAAUGUGCAAAGCCAAGUACAUCCAAGUAUGAUGGACUGCGAGGUGAAAAUGUUAUUCCUAACUCUAGUAGUCGUGCAGAGAAGAAGGAUAAUGUGAAUAAGAAUGACCAUGAUGAAUCGGAGGAAGAAAAACUGCUUGUUCAACAUUCUGAUGAAAGAAAAACAAUUAAAGAGAAUUGCAAAAUGGACAGUAGCGACAUGAUUGAGUUAAUUACAAGAUCGCAUGGUUGCAGAUCGCCAACAGUGAAAAAUGAGAAAGAAGCCGAGGCCAAUGCGGAUGUGUGCGCUGUUGUAAAUAAUCCCAGAAGCAAGGGAUGUUACGUUCCUAAACAAGAACGGAAGGCUGUACACUCUGCGGGGCAAAGUAGCGCAGAAAAGGAAUCCCCAAGUGGGAGGUUAUUCCCCGAAGGGGCAUUUCCCUAUGAGGACAUAAACCAUGGAGGAAAAAAUUUUGUGAAUAGCAUAACGAAUAAGCUGUCACAUGGCAAGGACAAAAUGGAGGAGAGUGUUGAUAAUGUUGAAAAGGGCCAUGUCGAGAUGCCCCAUUUGAGGGGUAGUGCACAUGGCGAAAAUGAAAGCGCCAUAUCGAUGAGGGUAACGACUCGAGUGAGAACCACCCCCCAGGUGAGUCGAGUGACGAGGAUGAGCAGUUUGAAGAAGGCGCAGGAAAAUAAAGGGAAAGACUUCACUAAGAGUAAUGAUGAACGUUUAGUAGCAGGAAGAAUUCCAAAGGAGGGCGACAGUCCCAAAGGGAGGCAUCAUCUGAAGAAGGCCUUAUCGAGUGAGGCAAGUUCGUCAUCAGAAGGUGCCGAUUUGGGUGGCGAUUUGGAUGGCCAUUUGGAUGGCGAUGGAGAUGAUCAUUAUGAUCGCCGCAACGGUGGAGUGCUGGAUGGGACCGCGACCAGGAGGGUCUUCCCCUCAUCGCACAUCCGAAGCAGCGGGCCAGAAUGGAAAGAUGGCUCCCCAAUUAAUGGCCACAAGUGCGAUGGGAACAUUAAGGGGGAAAGAAGUGACGUCGGUGAAUACAACAGAGUAGGAAGGUUCUUCCGUGAGGAAGGAACAAAUCCGCUGGGAAAGGAAGGAGCAACUGCUCUGGGAACGGAAGGAACAGCUCCGCUGCGAACGGAAGGGACAACUCCGCUGCGAACGGAGGGAACAACUCCGCUGCGAACGGAAGGAAGAAAAAAACACCCCAAGUUUUACAAAGAGGCAUGUGAAGGUUCGAGCGAAAGUGACAGAAUAAAUAACAACUGCCGUGAGAAGGCCGCUAGCAGGAGGGAAGACUAUUACAAGCAGGGUGUGCGGACCGGGUACAUACUUAAGGAGAAUAGGCACGGUGGGGAGAAUAGGAAAAGUUGGGAGAAUAGGCAAGGCGGGGAGAAUAGGCAAAGCAGGCAAGGCAAACAGAGCAGUAUGAGCCGGCCAAGUGAGCUCAGUCAGCUGAGUCAGCCAAAUCGGCCAAAUCAGCCAAAUCGGCCAAAUCGGCCAAAUGGGCCAAAUCAGCGAUAUCAACAGAGUCAACCAAAUCGGCCCAGUCGACGAAGUGAUGCCCUUCCGGUGGAUGUGAAGAGCAACUGUGACAGGGGACAAGAGCCGAGGGGGGGAAGAAAUGGAAGAAACUACCUGAACAAGCCAGAAAUAAAAAUGGAAGAUUUCAAACUGCACAAUGGCAUGCAAAGAAGGAGGAAGAAUGGGGAGAACAGCACCCUCAAUGAUGAACUGGACCGGUGGAAAAUGGAAGAAGGAGAAGGUGAAGAAGGAGAAGGAGGUGGCGGUCACGCGGAUGACAAGGAGAAGAACCUCCAUGGCGGGCCGAAGGAUGAUAAGAAGAGAAAAAAUAUGUUCCUAAUGAACGGGGGGCACAGAAUUAAGGAGGUGGAAGGGACAUGGGAAAAUGAUAAGUGGGCGGACGCGAAGGGGGUGAUGAAAUUGAGGGGAACGCAGAGGCGGGAAAGGAAUGAAAGAAGCGAGCGGGGCGAAAGAAAUCAGAGGAGGGCGGGGGAGGACAAGUGCAGUCGCAACGACGAUGGGGAUGGCCGUGAGGAUGACCGUGAGGAAGACCAUGAGGAAGACCAUGACAAUAAGAGUGACAAUGGCAAUGACGCUGAUAGCGACAAUGUGGGACGAUUUGUCAGGCGAACCGAUCGAGCCGUGCCCGGGGAGGAUCUGGCGGAUGGAGAUGGGAAUAACGACGUGGGAAACAAAGCUGCUGGUAACGCUGCUGGUGACGCUCCUGAUUACGCUUCUGGUGACGCUCCUGUUGAAGGUGAUGGCGAAGCGGCGGACGAGGAGGACGCGAGUCAGCUGUGCGAAAUCCAGAGGCACAUAGACUACAUCAUGCAAAACGACGAUAUCGACUUUUCCCGGAUCAGCGUGAAUCCCAGCAAGAACUACGUGAAUAUCAACGUAUUUAUCGACCGGUACAUACUGAGGUAUGAUGAACUCCAGAACAGCGAGCUACUGUUCUGCUUUGGAGAAUCCAGUGAAGAAGACGUGAUGACUAGGAAGAGGAGCUCCGUGAAAGGUGGAGAUGAUAGCCAAAAGGAUGGACUGAUGAGUAUGAGAAAAAAAAAUGGAGCUUCAUCAUACAAGAAAAAAAACAAGCAACAAAAAAAUAGGAAAAUAAAUUACGAUGCCAUUGAUACCAUGUGGCAGCCCCAUUUCCAUCCACACAACAAGGAAUUUAGAGUGAGAUACAGAUACAAAGGAAGCAUGAGACUGAAAACGAUCUCGUGCAAGCACUAUGGUUACUUGCCCAGUAAAAAAAUAUCGAUACUCUUUUUGUUCAGAUGGCUACUCUGCGGGAAGUACAUCGCAGAGAAAACGAAAAGGUCAAGGUUAAGCAUCACAGAUAUUAAUGAUCGCAAUUUACCUGACCUUCUCUCAAAAAAGAGAAAUAAAAAUAAUGGCUACAUGACUGAUGAUGAAUGGAAAGCUCUGGAAGAAAAAAAAAGCAAAGAGUUUUACGAUCAUGUACAUAAAAUUAAUAACUUUUUGAUUAGUAAUUACAAAGAUGAUACUUUUGUGAAUAAACUGAAGGUGAUCAUUAACAGCUGUGACAAGCAGUUUAAGAAGGGGGAGGUACUGAAUAUACUUAAUCAGUGCCUGCAGGAUAAGCUGACCAGCGAGCGGCGCAGGGAGUCCCUGAUGCAGGGCGACGGCGGGAGAGGCGGCUGCUCUGUUGGCAGUUCGCGUAGCGGAGGGAACACCCUAAGCGGCACUCUCAGCAGCACACUCAGCGGCACACUUAGCGGCACACUCAGCGGCACACUCAGCGGCACACGCAACGGCACACUCAGCGGCACACUCAACGGCACACACAACGGCACACCCAGCAGCACACUCAACGGCACUCGCAGCACCACCCUCAGCGGCCGAAGAGACCCAAGCCGUGAGCCGAGGAAGGGACGCUUGCCCCGCAUGAGCGCUCCCCCGGUGAACAGCAAAAAGAGGAAGCGGACAUUCAACCCAAGCGCCGACCCAUACUCCAAGGAGAGCAUGGACGAGGGAAGAAUCAUCCACAGUAGCAGCGGCAGCAGCAAAGGGAGCAGUCACGGAGGUAGCCACGGAGGUAUCCACGUAGGUAGCCACUUAGGUAGCCAAGUACGUAGCCACUUAGGUAGCCACUUAGGCAGCCACUUCGGUAGCCACAGCAGCAGCAGCAGCGUUGGGGACAGCAUGGGGAAGGCCAUCUUUGCCAGCAAUAAGAGGAAGAAGGAAUCCUUUUUCGAAAGAGGCAAUGGCGGUGAUGGAGGGGCCAAGGUCGAUGGAGCACAGGUGAGGAAGAAGGACGAAAAUAGCUCCAUGUGGAGGGGAGGAUACAACAGACAAAAUGGAAUCGAUGUGGAGAAAGGAAAUGGAGAUACGCUUUAUCAUGUUGGAGUUAACAGCAUUGGAAUGAACUACCUACCCUUCCAUUGUGCCGAAACGGAAUUGAGCGAUGAAGCUGGGGGAAGGGGCGAUCGCUCCAGAAACAGGAACCCAGAAUUGUGUAACAAUAAAAUGGUAAUUGUGGAUCACGGGGUGCAUAUUGGUCACGUGGGAAGUUUACACGAUGGGUGUGAAGACGGGGUGGGCGGAAGGAGCGCAAAUUUUGAGGCGAACGGGAAUGUCGCCCAUGGGGGCUUCGCCGAGGGUAGAGGAAGAAGCUUCGCACACCAGGGUAUCAGCGGCAGAGGGGGGCGCGCUGGAGGAAGCGGUCGCGGCGGAAGCGGUCUCGUAGGAUGCGGUCUCGUUGGAAGCGGUCGCGUCGGAAGCGGUCUCGUCGGAAGCGAUCUCAGCGGAAACAGGCGCAGCGGAGAGGAAUGCUCUCGCUCGAAUCCCCCAGGCAGUAACUACCUUGCCAGCUACUCAUCCUACGAAGACGUGGAGAAGCUAUCCAAUACAGAAGAAAUAAGGGAUUAUUACAACUCCUUAAUAGAGCUGAAAAAGUCCCUGUAUAUUCGAAGUCAGCAUGGAGACAUGGAUGACCAGGUGAGGUACUCAAACAUUAACGACCAUUUUAUGGAGCUGUUGAAUAAAGAGUCUCGCAGGAGCAGUAGCAGUAGUAGUAGUAGACAGAAGGUAAAUUCCCACGAUGCGUUGGACCCUGAGGAUACUAAAGAGUAUGACGCAUUUUUAUUUGCCAUUUAUUAUGCCAACCGUGAGAAUGUCGCAGCGAUGGGUUCAAGCAAGGGAGGAGGGGAAUGGGGAGGGGGGAUAUCCCCCCCCCAUAGUGAAGACAUAACCCCUGGUAAGAAGACCUUAUCUCCACCCACGUACGAUGAAAUGAAUACCCCAGCUGAGCGGAUGAUGCAGAAAAUCGAUUUUAACAUGGACCAAAAAAACACAGAAAAAAUGGUAGCGAAGAACAGCUGUUCGCCCCUCCAACAUGAAAAUAAUUAUCUGAAUUCCUACCCUAAUUUUAACAGUAUGAAUAGCUCGAAGAAAAUAAGUAACGUUUCUACAUGUCCUAGUUUGGGCGUAAGUAGCUACUCCAUGGGGAACCACAUACAAGGUGAUAAAAAAAAUGUAUUGUCUUGUUCCGUGUCCAGUGAAAGGAAUAAAAAUGAAAAAGACAUCACCAGCGAGGAGAAAUUCGAUUAUGUGAAGGAGCACUUAAAAAGGAAGUCAUUGAACAUGGUCGAGGCGAGAGAACUGUUUAACUCGUGUGCAGAAAAAUAUUCGCAGUUGAUUUUUUCCGAGAGGAGUGUAUUUUUGAAGCAUGUGCGUGGGGCAGGGCAGGAUGCGGAGGGAAGCGCAAAAGGUAGUGUAAAAGGUAGUGUAAAAGGCAGCGCAAAAGGCAGUGCAAAUGGCAGCGCAGAAGCGAACGUCCAUGAGUUGCCCUGCCUGGGGGCCGCUUCUAUCGACCCCUACAGGUUUAUGGACAGGCACAACAGCAUCGCGUCAGAGAAGUCCCGAAAGGGUCGCAGCCAUGUGUGCGCUGAUGACGAGCCUGGCGAGCGUGACGAGCGUGACGAGCCCAACAUGCAUGACGAGCAUGACGAGCCUAGGCACUUUCCUGCGCGGGAAAAACUCGUCCUAGAAAAUGAAAAGAGCAUGAGAUACACCGACGGUCGUACCGAACAGCGUGCGUACCAGAAGAAUCCGCGAGGGGGGUUGUUCUUCUCCUCGCAAGGUGGUAAUUCAGGGAAAGGUGGUGGCUCCUCCUGGAGUCAAAAUGAGCGGACGAGCGAAGGGGUGAAGGAAGAACGAGAAGCAAAACUGGAAGUAGAGCCACUUGGCAAUUUAAAAAGGAGCAGUGUUCUUCUUGGCGAUGAAAACAUGAAGGACAUAAUUGACAUUCUUGUGAAGAGCAAGUACCUGCGCGAGUCUAAGUACGACGAUUCUCUUAGCAGCAAUGUCGAGUGCUCACACGAGCGUGGCAGAAGUAACUCCCGCUGUUUGUAUUGUGCCUGCAUGGCUAGCCUGAAUCGUAAGGGCGUAGAGGUGGAAAACGAAGGCGAUUGCAUGGCUGGCCUGAAUUACAACCACGUUGUGGAAGAUGCGAAGGAGGCUGAAGGUGCACUCAAAGGAGGUGACCAAAAGGAUGGAUACCUCGACCCGGGCGAAGAUAACGUGGAGAGGUACCCCCCCUGCGAAGGGGGAGGAGGAGAAGAAGAAGAAGAAGAAGAAGGAGAGGAAGAAGAAAAAAAACAACUCGUGCAAUUCUCCUUGCCAUUACUGCAGCUUUUACACUAA